AGUUGUGCUUAGAAUCUGAUAGCAACAACGACCUGUGACUGUAAACAAAACAUCUUUUGCUUUUUUUACUUUGAUGGCCACUCUUUUUCUUUUCUUUUCAGUUUAGCCGAAUUUUUGCUGCCUACAUAUUUGAACCAAGGCUUAAAAGUCCCAUCAUUUCUGUUUGUUUUGAUUUUUCAUUAUGAUUUAAAAAUCUUCAUUUUCUUGAGCCCCAGUAACCAGAUUUUGAUGGCUAUUUGCAGAGUUGAGAGUUGUAAUUUGGGUAAAAUGGAGAAUUUAUCCAACUCUGAUGAAAAUUAUGAUCUGGGUUAUCAACCUUCACCUUCUUUUGUUGAUCAAAAUGAUCAGUCAAUUCCAGAAACUCCUGGUUACUCAACGUUGAGUGGUGAAUCAUUCGUGUAUGGCCGAACUUGCUCUGAAACCUCAGCAUUUUCAGACCCUAUCGACGAUCAUAGCUGUUGUAGUAAAGCUUCACCUUCUCACUGGCCACCAACAAGAUCCAUGGCUCAGAAUCAAGCUGUUCUUAGCAGGCUCGGAACAAAGCAACGCGGAAGCAAUGAAGAUGAAAAGCAGCUUGAUUAUCUAGAAUCAUUGGAAUUAGAACUUGAAAUGAUGAAGGAAAGAUUUGCAAAGCUUUUACUGGGAGAAGACAUGUCAGGGAGUGGCAAAGGGGUCUGUACAGCAGUUACUAUCUCAAAUGCCAUAACCAAUCUCUAUGCUACCGUAUUUGGACAAAAUUUGAGGUUGGAACCUUUGAACCCUGAAAAGAAGGCACUUUGGAAAAGAGAAAUGGACUGUCUUUUAUCUGUUUGUGAUUACAUUGUUGAAUUUAAUUCCAAGUCACAGAAUUUAAGCAAUGGAACAGCUCUUGAAGUAAUGAAAAGCAGACCAAGAUCAGAUAUUUAUGUCAAUCUUCCUGCACUGAGAAAGUUGGAUGCAAUGCUCAUUGAAAUAUUGGACAGUUUCGAGGACAGAGAAUUCUGGUAUGCAGAAGAUGGGAGUGUGUCAUCAAAUUCAAGCCGAACAGGCUCGUUCCGAAGGGUUGUUAAGAGAAAUGAUGAGAAAUGGUGGGUACCAGUGCCAUGCGUUCCUCCAUGUGGGCUAUCUGAGAAAGCAAGGAAGCACUUGCGGCACAAACGAGACUGUGCUAAUCAAAUUCAUAAGGCAGCUAUGGCUAUCAAUAGUGGUGUUCUAGCAGAGAUGGAAAUUCCUGACUCCUAUGUCGCGUCUCUUCCCAAGAGCGGAAGGGCCAGUAUAGGAGAGUCGAUCUACAGGUUCAUGUUGGGGACAGAAAAGUUCUGCCCGGAUUAUCUGCUGGAUUGUCUAAGUAUAGCAUCGGAACAUGAAGCACUACAGCUUGCAGACAGCGUGGAAGCCUCAAUGUAUACAUGGAGACGUAAAGCAUGCAUAAAGCAUUCAAAACCAUCAUGGGGCAUGGUAAAAGAGCUGAUGUCUGAUGUUGAUCUUAGUGACAAAAAUCACAUAUUGGCUGAAAGGGCCGAGAGCUUGUUGUUUGCCUUGAAGCAAAGGUACCCCGAACUUUCACAGACGUCCUUGGAUACAUGCAAGAUUCAACACAAUCGGGAUGUGGGGCAAGCAAUCCUAGAGAGUUAUUCAAGAGUGCUAGAAGGUCUAGCUUUCAACAUUGUUGCUUGGAUUGAAGAUGUGUUUUUUGUAGACAGAGCAGUUACAAGUCAAGAAUAAAGCAAACCUCGAAACAGAUGGCGCUAACUCAACCCCAUUGUCAUCCAUUCAACAAUUUCUGCUUUUUCGAUUUUGUACCAUCCGGAUGAUAAAUCUAUCAUAAUUUUUGUAUUAAUUAUUCCUAAUUUACAUUGGUAUCAACUUUUGUAGGGUUUCACGAAAAAAUAAUAACAAAAAGAGAAAAACGCUCCAAUAUAAUAA